CCUGAAUUUAUUCUUGACUUUUGACCACCGUCUGCCAUCUGUCUACUGCUUGCAAUAUUCUGUCCAUAGCCGUCACCAGGAAAACAUUCACAGCAUCGUUCUGGACAUUUGGGCAUCACGUUGAAUGUCUUGACUUUCCUCCCUCAUUCGUCGGCUUUACAUCUGGAAUGCCGUAUUCAACUUCCCUAAAUCCAUUAUGGCCCAACUACGUGGGAGUCAUCGGAACAUUACUUGCCGUCGUUUUGGGUGUUGGUAGAUAUGCACUACUUGACUGGUGGGAUCCGACGCAUUGCCAAGCACUGCUCAAUAGCGGAUCUUGGUUGGAUCAGAAAACAUGGCAACCUGAUGGAUGCAUGCUACAUUCGUACAGUGCGGAGGACGUUACUACAUGCGCUCGUUCGCGAGAAUUCGCCUUCAUCGGAGAUUCCGUAACGCGCACACUUUUUUUCCAGCUCGCAAGUAUCGUCGAUCCAGAACUGCCUACAGGCCCGCCAGACGACGACCAGAAACAUGCGGAUUACAAUUUCAAAGCACCCAAGUCUGACAUUACCGUGUCCUUUCAUUGGGAUCCGUAUCUCAACAGUUCUCGGACUCUCAAUGUCAUUUCCGCCGAUGUAACUCUCUCGCGGAGUUUCCAGCGGCCUGCUCUUCUUGUGUUGGGGUCCGGCCUUUGGAAUUUGCGUUACGCUGAUAUCACGGGGGGAAUACCCUCGUGGGAGGCCAAUAUGGAACGCAUAUUGGAUGCCAUAAGUCAGGGUAGAUCAAAGCCGGCAGACGAAGUAGUGAUCCUUCCUGUUGAGGAGGUGGUGCCUUCGAAACUUUCUCGCGAGCGUGGACGAACAAUACGCCUGGCGGAGAUAGAUGCUAUGAACUCAGAUCUUUUCCAUCGCAUAAACCAACCAUCCCCCGAAUACGCGCAUCUGCCGGGAAGAAUGCUUCCUUUCAUGCCUGUUUCGCUUCCGCUUGUCUUCAAUAGUGUUCUAGAUCCUGCACAAACCCAGGAUGGUCUGCAUUUUUCCCCAGCUACAGUGAGGCAACAAGCCAAUAUCCUACUCAAUCUUCGGUGCAAUGACGCAUUACCCAAGCGAGUUCCUUUCGACAAAACAUGUUGUCGAAGAUACCCGUGGCCAGUGCCGAUGCACUUUGUCAUCCUUGUUGCGGCAAUUUCUUGGGGACCAUGGGCUGUGUUCUUUUCACAGCCACCGGGUAAUCGAUUAGCGCGCAUUCCUGUUGUGAAAGGCGAGCAACUGCCUCUCCUUGUGUUCAGCGCUGCCGUCGCGCUUAUAUACGGCGCAGAUCGAACGGGUCUGUGGUUGAAAGAGCAAAAGUAUUACAGUCCCUGGACAUUCGCGUUUUUGAGUAUUUGCAGCCUUGCAGUCGGGCUGUUGACCGUUGAACGGGCCGAUAAAGAUUUGGGAUUCCUCAAUCGCGACCAAACGGAUGAAUGGAAAGGGUGGAUGCAAAUCGCCAUAUUGAUCUACCAUUACCUCGGGGCGUCGAAAAUAUCCGGAAUAUACAACCCUAUUCGUACUCUUGUGGCUUCAUACUUGUUCAUGACAGGUUACGGUCACACGACAUAUUAUAUUCGAAAGGCCGAUUUUGGCUUUCUUCGAGUUGCCCAGGUCAUGAUCCGGUUGAACAUGCUGACGCUUGUUCUAGCAUAUACGAUGGAUGCUGACUACCUAUUCUACUACUUCGCGCCUCUGGUUUCUAUGUGGUUCAUCAUCAUUUAUGCGACUCUUGCCGUUGCUUCCCAAUUCAAUGACCGAACCUCAAUGCUUGUUGGCAAACUUGUACUAUCAGCUGCCGUUGUUACCUGGUUCAUGAAACAAGAUUGGCUGCUGAAGGGUCUUUUUCAGUUACUUGAUCAGAUAUUCGGAAUCCGGUGGUCAGCACGGGAAUGGGCGUUCCGUGUAAAUCUCGACCUGUGGAUCGUGUAUGUUGGAAUGUUCACAGCCAUUGGGGUCAUCAAGGCUCGUGAACACCGCGUAAGCGAGCACCGUCACUGGCCACUUGCAGUCAAGGCGACUAUCGCACUCGCGAUGUUUGCAAUGUUCUGGUAUUUCGCGUUUGAACUGACACAAGAGUCCAAGUUCACAUACAACACAUGGCAUCCCUACGUGUCUUUCCUUCCCGUCCUAUCAUUCGUAGUGCUACGAAAUUGCAGUAUCGUGCUCCGGUCCGCUUCCUCGCGCGCAUUCGCUUUCAUUGGAAAAUGCUCGCUCGAAACCUUUAUCAUCCAGUAUCAUUUCUGGCUAGCGGGGGAUACCAAAGGUGUUUUACUUGUCAUUCCAGGGACAAGAUGGCGGCCCAUCAACUUCGGUGUAACAACAUUCCUGUUUAUCUUCAUGUCGCAUUGGAUUGCUAAAGCCACUGGGGAGAUUACUGCGUGGGUAUGUAACGGUCAGCCGAAGACGCUACCUGCCCCAGCCACGUCUCACUAUCACCACACACCUUCUCUGUCUCGUCAAACUGAGACGCUCUCCAAUGGCGGUCAGAAUGUACCCCUUAUGCCAAUACACACAGAUCAGGCGAAUAAGACCGAUGCUCAGCGACAGCCCCCGAGGUGGUUAGAUCGGCUUGCGGAGGGUUCUUCGCAGCCCUCUCCCAGAUUCGAGGGUUGGAAGUCGGCUGCUCAAUGGACAACGGGUAUCAAGGCAAGGACGGCCUGGAUACUGAUUCUGAUGUGGCUGACAAACAUCUUGUGGAUGCGCACUUGAAAAGCUUUAUUACACCUAAAAUACAUCCGUCUUCACUACAUCCAUUAUAUAUACCUUGGACGGCACAACAUCUAUAUAUCCUCAUAAUACACCAGCAUGACUAGAAAGGGAAUAAGUCAGAAAGAGUUGGUUGACUGAAGGAUAAGGUGAUCAUUUGGUUGAAGACAUUGUACUACUCGUUUGUGUCGUCACAAAACAUCGGACAACAAUGCUAAUCC